GACCCAUGUGGCAUGCGCGGCGGCGGAGCGCGGGCAUUUGCGCAGCGCUGACAGCGAGGUACUUGACCCUUAGGCGCAGCAGGGCGGACAGUAGACAGCAGCUCAAGUGCAUCAAUCAGUUGAAGCAGGAGGCAAAUACCAUGAACGAGCUGAACCAACAGGGGGUGUUCGGCCACGAGAUCGCAGAGUCAGAGCGCGCGAGGUGCUGCGAGGAUAUGGGCAACGUGGGGCUGAUGACGGUGACGGACCUGCAGAGUUGCUUCGAGACGCUGGAGAGGCGCCGGGCGAUUGCGCAG